AUGACAAGUCCAGAGCUUCUCUCUCUCAUCUUUUUUCACCUCACUCUUGUCUUUUUUGUCUUGGAUCUUGCAAAUGCUCAAGGCUUGAAAGUUGGUUUCUACCAACAGACCUGCCCCUCCGCCGAGGCCAUUAUCAAGAACACAACAGCUCAAUACAUCUCUCGAGCACCAAGCCUUGCCCCUGCAUUGCUAAGAAUGCAUUUUCAUGACUGUUUUGUUAACGGAUGUGAUGGUUCUGUUCUCAUAAACUCCACCAAGAACAACGUAGCCGAGAAAGAUUCAGCCCCCGACUUAAGUUUAAGAGGGUUUCAAGUGAUUGAUGGUGUCAAAACUGCAGUAGAAAAAGAGUGUCCUGGAGUUGUUUCUUGUGCUGACAUCUUGGCCUUAGUUGCUCGAGAUGCAGUUUCCAUGGUAACCAACACCAUACACUAG